UACUAGGUUUUUGAUCUUUUUUUAUGCUAAUUUGACUUAUAAAAUUUUAUGUAUUUACUCUGAAUUGUCAUUAAAACAUAAUUCUAUAAAAAAGAUGUGAUGAGAUUUAGACAUUAAAAUUUCACUUUACAAAUAUUAUCUUCUAAAUUUGAUUAAAAUAUAAAGAAAGCUAAGCAAGCUAUAUGGAAUAGUUUGUUAGUUUGUUACGUAUUUGUUAUUUGUAAGAAAGCUAAGCCAGUUGUAUGGGAUAGUUUGUUAGUUUGUUAUGUAUCUGUUAGUUCCUAUCUUUAGAUCAGUUCUUUUACUAUUGUUCCUUUCGUUCCCUUUUGUAAUCUGGAACUAUAAAUAAGAGAAAAGCAUCUCCUAUAGGUUUGCUGUUUUUGUGCUAUUAAUCAAUUUUCUUCUUUCAUUUUUUGUUUCUCUUCAUGGUAUCAGAGCAGUUAGCUCGAUCCAGAUUUUUCUAAAAAAACACUCGAAUUCUUAAAACAUAAUGGCAGAAACAGGAGAUUCAAUUCCUGCAAAUACAAUAACCAUUGCUGUUGAUUCUUCAAACAGUAGCCAAGAAACAAAUCAUUCACAAAACAACGAUUCAUCAGGAAUGCAUCUUAUUUCUAUUCUCUUGAAUGAAAAUAAUUACAUACCUUGGAAUAGAUCCAUGAAACUAGCUCUUGGAGCUAAAGAUAAACUCGGUUACAUCAAUGGUGAGAAUGCAGAACCGGCAUCAACUGCUAAGGAAUAUAAACUGUGGAAAAAAACUGAUUGUCUAAUAGCUGCUUGGAUUUUGAAGUCUAUUUCAAAGGAGCAUGCAGAGGGAUUCAUCUAUUGCAGCUUUGCUAAGGAUCUAUGGGAAGAAAUACAAGAAAGGCUUGGAGAGAGUAAUGGUCCUCUGGAAUAUCAAAUUCAGCUAGAAAUUAACAAUCUCAAACAAGUUGAGUCAGUUCAUGCAAGCACCAACAUAAAAUCAGUGGAAUGCAGCCCUUCAUCUUCUUAUAUAUCUGAAAGGAACACUCUUUCAGAGUUUAUUUCUCCCUGCUGGCACUUCUCUUCAGCUCAUAGCCUUUUGUGAUGCUGACUGAGCAGCUUAUUCAGACACGCGCAGAUCCAUCACAGGUUUUUACAUCUUUUUUGGGAACUCUCUCCUUUCUUGGAAGGCCAAGAAGCAAAGCACCAUCUCAAAAUCUUCUGCAGAAGCUGAGUACCGUAGUAUGUCUAAUACUGCCUAUGAGGUUCAAUGGAUCAGUUACUUAUUGCAGGAUUUUGGUCUCAAGCUCAAUGUUCCCAUUCCUCUGUACUGUGAUAAUAAAGCUGCCAUUCAUAUAGCUUCGAAUCCUGUUUUUCAUAAACGAACCAAGCAUUUAGACAUUGAUUGCCAUCUCGUUCGGAAUCAACUGAAGGCUGGUUUUCUUGUUCCCACUCAUGUUCCUUCUAAACAACAAGUGGCAGACAUCCUGACUAAGUGUUUACCUCAGUCACAACAUCACUAUCUUUGCUCCAAAUUGGGAUUUACCAAACCAAUCUCCAACUUGACGGGGGGAUAAAGAAAGCUAAGCCAGCUGUAUGGGAUAAUUUUUUAGUUUAUUAUGUAUCUGGUAGUUCAUAUCUUUAGAUCGGUUCUUUUACUAUUGUUCCUUUUGUUCUCUUUUGUAAUCUGGAACUAUAAAUAAGAGAAAAACAUUUGUUAUA